UGCUACAAACGCGCGACUCUCGCCGAGAUCGCGCCUCCAACUCGACUAGUUUGGCCAUUCCUCGCCCUCACUUCCUUCAAGAGCGUCAAGCGCUCGGCUCCCUUCUGUACGCGCAGCCGCCAUUCGAGCCGUCUACCACAAAUCGCGUUAAGAGCCAGCUGGCCUACGCUGCUUAGCAUCUACUCGCAAUCCUACGUUAUCCAUCGCUGUUCUUGUUGCUCAGCAGUCGGAACGCUCGCUAGCUCGCUCCUUGGGGCGAGUUCGCAAAUUUUUGAGCCUUUGCUUGAUCCGCACCCAUCAUGUUUGGAGGAAGGCGCACGAAUGGCUUGGCAGCUGCGCGUCAGCGCCAGGCGCAUCAGUUGCCAGAGGAUGCCUCGGUGGGCAGGUUCAAUGCGGGAUUUGCAGAGUCGCACGAGAUCAGAGAAAUAGGUGGAGCCCUAACGAUUGCAGAGGCCAAGUACUCACUGGAGAUGGAGACGACCGCGGAUGAAGAGAGGCUUGUUGGAGGAUAUAGCAAAUCUGCCGUGCUGCAAAAGUGUAUGGACUAUUCCGAGGCAUUCAGCAAGUUCAAGGAAUUUUCUUCCAUUCAGGCAUUGCGCAAAGAAUUGCUCGAGCGUGACUAUCCCAAGCCGCUCUAUGACGACCAAGGAAAGCCGACUGCGUUCGACGAGAAUGAGAACAAUGUUGGCACGUUGUUCUUGACGAGGUUCGAAAUGGCUCAGCUUGUCAACCUUUCCAUCGAGGAUGUCGAGGAAGCAAAGACUUUGAUCCCAACCUUGGCAGACAAGGACGAUGGGCAGCUCGAGCAGGUCAUCGCCUCCGUCUCCACCCGCAGACGUUUUCAGAAUUGAGGGUCAAAGCUUCAACGCGCAGCGCGUUCAAGUUGCUCGGCGGUGCAAGCCGGCACACGACGCAGCGUCGCAGCCUACAACGUCUGAACUUGAGAAAUUGAAGCUCAAAAGACAGACAUGUACUUGUAACCCAGAACCGGUCAUCAUUCAUCUCCUCCGCAAGUCCCCAUACCGCUGUGUCCCAUGCAGCUUGUCGAGGCAUUGCACACAUGCGAUCAAAAGUCUCCCGCGACCGGCUCACCCCUACUCAGCAAAUAUCGUAGUCUCGAGCGCCGUGUAUCAAGGCUUCACGAGCAUCGACUCGAGCACCGGCGCUUCUCAGGCUCCUCCUAGAGCAGCAGCCAAGAAUCGUGACUCACCUUCGAAAUACAUUGAGCCAAGCUUUGAUCCGCGAUCAUUCGUGAUUCGUGAUUGCCAUUCAAUUGAAAACAA